AUGGUUCUUGGGGAUGUGUUCUCGUCAUUGCUUCAGGGAAUGAACUUCGUUCCCGCGCUGCUUGCCCGGAGGUGUGUGGUCAUAAUUGCAACUUCCGUGGCCGUGCUUUUUCCUCUCUGCUGCCUGCGCUCCUUCGCGCAGUUGGCCAAGUUUUCCUUACUGGGCACCCUGGCGACUUCGUAUGUGGUGGUCUUCGUGGUCAAGCGAUUCCUCGACGGAAGCUACGCUCCUGGCGGUGCUUUCGCACAUCAGGCAGCGCCGGCCAUGGCUGCGGCGUCCCAGGGCCUGGUGAACCCCCAAAUGUUGGUCUUGGUGGCCUUGCUGUCCACGGCCUUCCUCGUGCACUUUAAUGCGCCGCAGUUCUUUGUGGAGAUGCCCCCAGCAGAGCCAGCUUCGGACGCUGAGGCGAAGGAGAAGCUCCAGAAGUUCGGGAAAGUGGCGGUCAUAGGCUUUGGCAUCGCGUCGGUUCAGUACGCCCUUGUGAUGGCCUUUGGCUUCCUCACCUUCGGGAAGGCCGCCACUGGCAAUGUGCUGCUCAACUACGAUAACCUCGACCCUUGGGCAGCAGCAGCACGCGUUGCUGUGGGGCUUUCGACGCUUUUCGGCUAUCCCAUGCAGUUUGCAGGCUUUCGCGAUGGCAUCCUGGAGGUCUUCAAGAUCGACGCUCUGAAGACCGGCCCGCACCGGUUGGCCACCGCAUCGCUAUUGGGAGUCGCUGUAGGGGUCGCCUGCGUCUUCCGGGACCUGGGGCAGUUCCAGGCAAUCGAGGGAGCCAUGCUCGCUGCUUUCCUAAUCUUUGCUGCGGGCCCGAUCAUGGCUCUCAAGCUUCCGAUGGGCAAAGCUCCAGGGGCACGCCUCCGUUUCCGGGGCCUGUUGGUGCUUGGUGUGGCGUUCAUGUGCAUCGGAUGCGCGGUGAACUUCGGGUGGCUGUGA